CGAGGCUAUCCCCUAUGGCUGCGCGGUGCAGCUAUGGCAAUGGCAGGCACGGCUAGCCACGCACGCCACCUUUUUACUCCUCCACUGGCCGCUGUCAACCAAUAACUCACCAGCUGCUUCUUCUUUUACCGUGCUCACUCCACCUCUCGCACCCACACCAGAGACAGGGCCGGGUUUCUUCCAGGAUGCAGGUUGCGGCCGGCUGCGAGGGCUCACCGGCGGCGACGGAGGGGGGCGACCAGCAGAGCUCCAAGAAGCCGAGGCUGGCCGCCGAGCCGCUCCUCCUCCAUGUGCCGGUGAAGCAAGAGAUGGUCGUGCACCAAGCGGCCGGAGCCGGAGGAGACGGGGCCGCGGUGGUGGCGGCGGACCACGGCUCUAGGAUGGAGAUCGCCGUGAAGAUGGACGUGACCCUGCUCCAUUGCCCCCUCUGCAUCAGCCCCCUGAAGCCCCCGGUCCUUCAGUGCAAGGGCGGGCAUGUGGCCUGCGGCGGCUGCCUCGCGGAGCCCUGCGCGGAGUGUGGCGGCGCCUUCGACGUUCGCAGCAAGGUGAUGGACGCCGUCGUCUCCUCGACCACGGCCGAGUGCGACCACGACGGAUGCGGGCGCUACGUGACCUACCACGAGCUCGACGGCCACCGCGGCGAGUGCCCGCACGCGCCCUGCGACUGCGCGGUCCCCGGCUGCGGCUUCGCCGGCCCGGCGCCGGCGCUCCUCGGCCACCUGACCGCCCUCCACUCGAUGCCGGUCUACAACUUCCAGUACGGCAAGGUCCUGGCGCUCCAGCUGCCGGCGUCGCUGGAGCCGCGGGGCCUGCUGGUCGGGGACGAGGACGGCCGCGCGUUCCUCAUGGUCGGCGGCGCGCUCGGCUCCGGCGCGGCCGUGUCGGCGGUGUGCGUCAGGGCGGAGGCGAUGCUGUGGCCGCGGUACACGCUCAAGGUGUGGGCGAGCGGGCCGGCGCCGGCGCCGAACCGCAAGGCCGACACCGUCAUGGCGGAGAUCGAGGUGACGAGCAGCAGGGUGCCCGGCGCCGUCGCCGUCGAGGAGCUGGCGUACCUGGCGGUGCCGCCCAAGCUGCUGGUUGGGGCAGGACCGUCCCGGCGGAUGUCUCUCAAGAUCCGCAUUGACAAGUUCACCUCCUGAUGACAGGAUUGCACUACGCUUAGUCACUAACUAAUGCAGGGUUUAGGUUAGUUUGGAAAGGGUCUCGUGCAUUGGAGAUGAUGGAUUUUGGUUGCAAUUUAGUAGUGGCACUACUUCAACAUCAGACCUGGUACUUUGCAAAUUUCCAACGGUGAAAACUAUUUUGUGGCCGUUGGAUUCGAUGCCUAUAUGUUUAUUAAGAAAUUGUUGCAUUACUUAUAACAAAGUUAUGCAUUGUCUGAGGGUUCAUAA